ACAUCUUGCUCGGCAUGCACGCGACUAUCCCACACGAUAUAGCACGUUGGUUCCUCCACUAAUAAGUCGACGGUCACUGCAUACCCUUUAGUUCUCAUUUAAUAGAGCAUCACUUCGUUAAUUGAGAUUUGGCUAGCAUUAAUUAAGGCUAGUUACGGAGUCCCUGCGAAAGCAUCUAACCCAGAACCAUGGCCGGGCGACCGCAUGAUGUGACGCUCUCCGUCGGGUUGCUGGAGAAGCUUGCAGGCUUGAAGAAGCCGGAGCCGCCUAAGCCGGUUAUGGCUCCUCGGCCUGGGAUCCAGCUGCCCACGCGGUCCCCCGUGUCCGCGGAGGCCGCCCGCAUGCUAGCGCAGGACAAGCAGCUGACACGCCAGCUGCAGGCCACCAAGGAGGUGUCGGGUCUGCUGGUGAAGGCGGAGGAGAGCGAGGUGGCGCGCAUGCAGGCCAUGGCGGACGAGCUGGUCAAGAAGUUCAGUGUGCCCGCCAAGCCGGCUCCCUGCCAGUCGGAGGCCAGCGCUUGCACCCAGUGCUUCAAGGAACAUGCCAAGGAGGCCUGGCGGUGCGCUGAGGUGGCUGAGGCCUACCGCCAGUGCUCCUCACGGGCGUUCAGCGCUGCCCGCGGGGCGGCGGUGGCGCGGAGCGGGUGAGCGAAGCGACAUGCGGGCAGGACUGUGGGCCCAACUGGCGGCAGCAGCAGCAGCGAUGAGAGCGGGAGCGGCGGAGGAGGAGCAGCAGCAGCGGGCAGGACUUGCAGAGAGCGGGUGUAGCCGUAUCUGUUGAGGCUAGCCCGGUAUGGAAAAGCCGCGGUGAUGUAGAGGCGGCAGCAGCGCCCCGGUGAUUGAUGUGGCAGCAACGGGUGGGGUGGGUUGGGGUGGGGCAGUGCCGCAUUGGAAGCCGGGUCCAAUGCACAUGAUGUGUGCGGCAGGCAGGGUAUGUGAUCCCGCCCACUCUGCCCUUGGGCACGGGAUGGGCAGUGCUGGGUGGCUGCGGGUGAUGCUGCUGCGGGUGAUGCUGCUGCAGGUGGGGGGUAGGGGACUGCUGGACCUGCCUGCUGUAUGCACUCGGAGCUGUGGGUUGAGGGAAUGUGAUUGAGUCGGGAUUGCAGUUUUCAGGGGUGGAAUCUUCUUGGGAAUCUUCUUGGGGUGCGCGAAUUUCUUGCUGGGUGUAUGAGGCGAGGAAGGAGUUUGGGGUGGCAGCUGGGGAACGGGAGCUGGGAAUGCAAUGUCGUAAUGUGGUGGUGCGGACACCUGUUGCAGUGGUUAAGUGGCAAGUGGUCUAGAAUUCGGGUGGGCAGGCGGCCACGUGGGAGAGUUCGGGGAACCGCGCGGUUGGGAACGGUUGUGUACGGCACCUUUUCACCUGCCAUACGUGUUGCAGAUGUUGGGUGUAUCGGCUCGUGGUUAAGGUUAGGGCGUGUUAAGGAGUAUGUGUUGUAGGAUCCAAUCGUACUCGUGCUGGUAUGUGCAGGCGCGCUCGGGGAAUGGCUGGGAAGUGCUUAAAACAAAAAAAGCCCGCACCAAACGGCACA